GGCGCGCCUGGCUCGCCGCGACACGCAGAAUUGAAUAUCUGAAGAAGAAAUGGAUACUUCUCUAUCCAAAAAAUAUCCAGUUAAAAAACGGGUGAAAAUACAUCCUAACACAGUGAUGGUGAAAUAUACUUCUCAUUAUCCCCAGCCUGGGGAUGAUGGAUAUGAAGAAAUCAAUGAAGACUAUGGAAAUUUUAUGGAAGAAAAUCCAAAGAAAGGACUGCUGAGUGAAAUGAAAAGAAAAGGAAGGACUUUCUUUGGAACCAUGGAUGCUCAGCCUCCACCAACAGAAGACCCAGUGACCAGUGAGAUUGAACAACUCCAGAGCUUUGCAGAAAAGAAUAUUUUUCAAUCCCGAAAAAUGUGGAUAGUGCUGUUUGGAUCUGCUUUGGCUCAUGGAUGUGUAGCUCUUAUCACUAGGCUUGUCUCUGAUCGUUCUAAAGUUCCAUCCUUAGAACUGAUUUUUAUCCGUUCUGUCUUGCAGGUCUUAUCAGUGUUAGUUGUGUGUUACUAUCAGGAAGCUCCAUUUGGACCCAGUGGGUACAGAUUACGACUCUUCUUUUACGGUGUAUGCAAUGUCAUUUCUAUCACCUGUGCUUAUACAUCGUUUUCAAUAGUUCCUCCCAGUAAUGGGACCACUAUGUGGAGAGCCACAACCACAGUUUUCAGUGCCAUUCUGGCAUUUUUACUUGUAGAUGAAAAAAUGGCUUAUGUUGAUAUGGCUACAGUUGUUUGCAGCAUCUUAGGUGUUUGUCUUGUCAUGAUCCCCAACAUUGUUGAUGAAGACAAUACUUUGCUAAAUGCCUGGAAAGAAGCCUUUGGGUACACUAUGACCGUGAUGGCUGGACUGACCACUGCUCUUUCUAUGAUAGUAUACAGAUCCAUCAGGGAGAAGAUCAGCAUGUGGACUGCACUGUUUACCUUUGGUUGGACUGGGACAAUCUGGGGAAUAUCUACUAUGUUUGUUCUUCAAGAACCCAUCAUCCCAUUAGAUGGAGAAACGUGGAGUUAUCUCAUUGCUAUAUGCAUCUGUUCCACUGCAGCAUUCUUAGGAGUUUAUUAUGCCUUGGACAAAUUCCACCCUGCAUUGGUCAGCACAGUGCAACAUCUGGAGAUUGUGGUGGCUAUGGUCCUGCAGCUUCUAGUGUUACAUAUAUUUCCUAGUGUUUAUGAUGUCUUCGGAGGGGUGAUCAUCAUGAUUAGUGUAUUUGUCCUUGCUGGCUAUAAACUUUACUGGAGGAAUUUAAGAAGGGAAGAUUAUCAAGAAAUACUAGACUCUCCCAUUAAAUGAAUACCUGGUUGUUAUUAUCUUGUUAAUGUCUAGUUAUUAACAUGUACACUGCCAUUUCAAUGUUUGCCUAUAAAUGUCUUUUGUGUUAUAUAAUCGACAGAGUGCUAUAUAAUAUAUAAUUAACACAUGCAAAUGCAGAGAAAAUAUUCUGGUCAAAUAUGGAAGCAUAAAUAUUAAAUAUGUGAAAUAUGUCAUGAA